GAGCAGUCCUCCUCUUUCCCCAAACAGUCGAUGGCCGCUCCUCUUCUUCCUCUUUCGUUUCCACGAUUUUGAAAACCUAACUCAAAUACCCGACCCAAACCCACCAUGAAGAUCCUCAUUGCUGUUCGUUUUUUCGUGCUCUCGUGUUCGCUUCUCGCCUUCGCCAUCGAAGAUGACAUUACCUGUCUCCAGGGCAUCAAGAACUCCCUCUCUGACCCCCAGAGCCGUCUCGCCUCGUGGAACUUCGUCAAUGGUUCGGGAACCUCAAUCUGUAAGCUCCUGCUUCCUGGUGUGUCCUGCUGGAAUGAGAAGGAGAAUCGCAUCAUCGGCCUCCAGCUCACUUCCAUGCAGCUCUCCGGUGAGCUUCCUGACUCGCUUAAGUACUGCCGGAGUCUACAAUCCCUGGAUCUCUCCAAGAACUCCCUCUCCGGUUCCAUCCCGUCUGAUAUUUGCUCGUGGCUACCGUAUCUCGUCACGCUCGAUCUCUCCGGUAACCGUUUCUCCGGUUCCCUUCCCCAGCAGAUCGCUGACUGCAAGUUCCUUAACAAACUCAUUCUGGACGAGAACAAACUGUCCGGUACAAUCCCCUACGAGUUAACCCGCCUGGACCGGUUGAAGGAGUUCUCCGUUGUGGAUAACGGGUUGUCAGGUUCGAUCCCGUCUGAUUUCUCGAGAUUUGGGGAGGGUAGUUUUGAUGGUAACAGUGGGCUUUGUGGGAAACCCUUAUCGAAAUGUGGGGGUUUGAGUGGUAAGAGUCUUGGGAUUAUUAUCGUCGCCGGAGCUGUUGGGGCUGCCGUGUCUUUGAUCGUCGGUUUCGCGAUUUGGUGGUGGUGGUACUUCUUUAGAGCUUCCAGUAGAAAGAAGAAAGGUUAUGGUGUUGGCGGAAAGGAUGAUAGCAGCUGGAUUGAUUUGUUGAGGUCGCAUAAGCUUGUUCAAGUCUCAUUGUUUCAGAAGCCAAUUAACAAGAUCAAAUUGGCAGAUUUGCUGGCGGCAACAAACAGUUUUGAUUCCAGUAAUGUUGUGAUUUCAACUAGGACUGGAGUCUCGUACAAGGCCAUGUUGCCGGACGGAUCUGCGCUGGUGAUCAAGAGGUUGAGCGCCGGUAAUCUGAGUGAAAAGCAGUUUAGGUCGGAAUUGAAUAGGCUAGGACAACUUAGGCAUCCAAAUUUGGUUCCUUUAUUGGGGUUUUGUGUUCUGGGGGAAGAGAGGCUUCUGGUGUAUAAGCAUAUGCCCAAUGGAACACUCUACUCUCAGUUACGUAGGAGUGGUAUUGGUAACGGUCAGUUUGAGGGUUUGGAUUGGCCAACUAGGCUUAAGAUUGGAGUUGGUGCGGCGAGAGGGCUGGCUUGGCUUCACCAUGGAUGCCAGCUACCAUAUAUGCACCAGUACAUUAGCUCAAAUGUUAUACUUCUUAACGAAGAUUUCGAUGCCCGGAUAACUGAUUUUGGAUUAGGAAGGCUACUGGGAUCCCGCGAUUCCAAUGAUAGUUCAUUUGUUAAUGGGGAUUUGGGGGAGCUUGGUUAUGUAGCUCCUGAGUACUCGAGCACUAUGGUUGCAUCACUAAAAGGGGAUGUUUAUGGUUUUGGGGUUGUGCUUCUAGAGCUGGUCACUGGGCAAAAGCCUACUGGAGUUGGUAAUGUGGAUGAUGGACUCAAAAGGAAUUUGGUGGAUUGGGUCAGCCAGUUGUUUAGCACUGGUCGAAGCAAGGAUGCUAUUGAUAAAGCUCUAUGUGGGAAAGGUCAUGAUGAUGAAAUUAUGCAGUUUAUGAAAGUUGCCUGCACUUGUGUGGUUUCCAGGCCCAAGGAUAGACCCUCCAUGUACCAGGUUUACGAGUCACUGAAGAGCAUGGCCGAGAAACAUGGAUUCUCUGAACACAAUGAUGAAUUCCCAUUGAUCUUUGGCAAACAAGAUGCAAAUCAUAAGUAGUAUCUGCAAUGAAGAGAUAAGAAGGAAGCAAGCAAGCAAACGUGUUAUACAUCCCUGUAUGCUAGCUAGGUUCUAUAAAGCAUGAUCUACAAUUGGUACGAUUUCCACUUGAACAGAUUUCCACUUUCGAAUGCUCUCAAUUGUUAGAUGAUUCUGUAAAUUACAUGGAAGAUUAUCCACUGUAGUCUCUCGAUGUAAUGCAGUUAAAAGUUUCCUUUGAGUCACACUUUCUUCCCUUUUUAAGCACAUAUAUCCUUUUAAACAAGAUAAAAGAAAUUCUUUAAG